CUGCCCUGUCUGAGGAGAACAGAGGACUCCUGACCUUUCCAAUGCGAAGAAGGACGAGAGGAGUCAGCGCUCAGAAUCAGCCUUGCUUCCUCCUGGAGUCACAGCCUAAUCUUUCAAAUUGUGAAGUUGCAGGAAGACCUUAAACUAGAGAGGUCGGUUCAAAGAAGAGAAAGCAACAGUGCAUGACACGAAGCACCAGUAUGGAAGCAGGUAGCCAGGGGUUCCUGACUGGUUUCUUCACACUCCUCCACCUUACAGUCUGCAUAGCGACCAGCCCUACCUGUGUGACCAGGAGAUGUCUUUCCAACAAACUCAUUGAUCAGGAUAUUGUCAGCCAGCCACAGUCAGAAAACUGCACCGUGGAUGUUUUCCUGAAACGGAUAAUUUACCAAACAGUGGAUGUUAACACCAAGAAACUUCUCUUCACCAGCACUCUUAAGGUGCAGAUGUUUUGGAAAGACCCAGCCCUGGCCUGGAACAAAUCCAUGUACCCGUAUGAUCAGGUGAUUCUACCUGCCAAAAAGGUGUGGACUCCACACCUGUCUGUGAGGAACGCGGUGAGCUCGAUGUUGGAGCCUGGCACUAAAGAUCUGAUGGUCUUCAGCAACGGUACUGUGGUGCACCAUGUUCAGAUGCACAUCAUUGUGGGCUGCGACAUCAACCUCUACACCUACCCUUUUACCACUGACUCCUGCCCCAUUUACCUGAGUGGACAGGACUCAAUGGGAUGUGGCAGCAUAAUUCAUAUCGGAAAGAUCGACCCGAAAGGUAUCGAAAGAGGAGACUGGCGCACGGAAUCAGUGGACAACAUCAGAGAUGAGAAGGGCAAUACAUACCUCUGGGUGACAAUGAGCACCAGGUCGUUUAACCCCUCGGUGACGCUGAUCCUCCCCAGCAUUCUGGUCAUGCUGGCGGACGUCGCCAGCUUCUCUCUGCCGCUGGGCGGAGGGGAGCGCAUCUCCUUCAAGGUCACGCUGGUCCUCAGCUUCAUCAUGUUCCUCAUCAUCCUCGCCGACAUUCUUCCCGGGGACAGCCUCUGUAGCCCUCUGAUCCGGUACCAUUUCUGCGUGUGUCUGACCUGCCUGGUCAUCAGCAUGAUCCUGUCUAUGUUGCUGACCCGUCUGGUGGCUGACGGCUCCAUCCUGCCAUUCAGCCUCUCCCGCUGGUGCCCCCGAAGGGCCAAGCCGCCCCCCUCAGAGGACAGCCCAAACACUGGAGACUCUGAGCUGGAGGAGCAGAGCACCGCGCCGCACCUGAAGCCUGAAGACACCGCUCUUCAGAGAAUGGCCAACUACCUGGAGGGCCUGGCAAAACAAGAUCAGCUCGCCCACAGCCGAAAAUCUCUCGCCAACAAGGUGGACAAAGUCUGCUUCUGGAUCUAUGUGCUGUGCUCCAUCGUAUAUGCUAGUGUCAUGUUGUACAUGUUCAAAUAUUACGUAUGCGCCGUGGACAACUUGGACUUUUAACGUGUGGGGAAAACAAAAGGAAUUUGAUGGCGACAUGUCACAAUGGCGACACGUUGUAUUCUGUAUUUGGUCCAUAAAAAUUUGUGUUGUGUUGCCAUUUAAGCAUAAUUUUACUAUGCUACAUGCUUACUAUGCUAUGCUACACCGUUCACAUUUCUCAAGUUUUCAAACACUCUAAUUCCAGGGGGGAUCAGCACAUGUAGCCAUCAGUGAGACAGAAACAUAGAAUGCAUUGCUACUAAGAAUUGUAACAGCAAUUGUAACAACUCAGGAGCAAACAUCAAUCAAAAUGUGAAGUGGCUAAGCGGAGAGAAAUUGAAUUGGCUCAGCUAUUAAAACUUCCACGGGAAGUCUUCUAAAUGCUAGAGAGAGAUAAUUAAUGUACUUUGAGUCCAUCAGUACAGCUCAAGAUCAAUUAUUUUAUUAGAUUAGCAAGGUCCCAACAAUAAUGGAAAAUAAUAUAUACACAUUUUAAAGAAAAGACAAACAAACAUCAGACUCCCAGAAUGCAAUUCAGCAAGAGGCAGAGAUCCGAGGUUUGGCGGGUGUAAAGGCUUAAUAAGCUCAGGCUGAUGUGUCGAAUAGUCUCUCAAUCAUCUCCUCCACCUGUUCUGGUCUGUACUUGUGGUAUUUCUCUGGAUUUUUGGUAAAUGAUAUGUUGCCAUACCUGUGCAAAUAUAAAUAAACAAAUAAAAGA